CACCUGCUCCAAAACACACAGCCUCCAGUAUUAGUCUACAACUAGAAGAGCAAUCUAGGUUAUCUACAGCUUCAAGCCCCAACUGGAAGCGCUCCAGCUUCGCCACUACCAACACAAUGGCACACGCCGAGAACAACAACAUGGCCGAUGAGGCCCUCAAUGGAAAAGACUACAACAGCGAGGACAGAAUGGAGACGCUCAACCGCUUCCGAUCUGCCCAGAGCAUCUCCAUGAGCCCAGAGAUGUUUGAGAAGCUGUAUCUCUCCCCCCAGAACGCCGUUAAAGGAGAACUUCGCAAGACAUUUGCCAAUCCCACACCUAUUGCUAUUGCUGGUUUCGUCCUUUCCCUGACACCGCUCUCUUGUGACCUGAUGGGCUGGCGCGGUGCUGGCGGCAACGGUGCAGCAAGCAUUCCGGUGUACUUCUUCCAAGGCGGCAUCCUCAUGAUUGUCGGUGGUCUCUUCGAAUUCUUCCUUGGCAACACUUUCCCCUGUGUCGUCUUUCUUACCUUUGGCACCUUUUGGCUCAGCUUUGCCGGUACUCUCAACUCUAGCUUCGAGGCGUACGCCUUGUAUGCACCUCCUGGAGAAGCAGCAGCCGUAGGCAUCACAACCCCAGGCUUCAAUGCCAGCUUCGCGUUCUGGUUGCUCUUCAUGGGCCUCCUCUGUGUCAUUUAUCUCAUUGCAGCUCUGCGUACAAACAUUGCCUUUGUCAUCGUCUUUGCCUGCCUCGUGGUUGCGUUCCCGCUGCUCACUGGCGCAUACUUCCUCCAGGCAAUGGAUUACGCGGGCAACGCUGCAGUAGUACUAAAAUUGGUCAAGGCUGCUGGCGCAAUGGCCUUCAUUUGCUCUCUCACUGGUUGGUGGAUCUUCUUCGCCCUCAUCCUCGCCGCUGUCGAUUUCCCUCUUAAUAUCCCGGUUGGUGAUUUGUCUGGCAUGAUCAGAGGCGCGAGCGAGAGAAACAGGGCCUAAACGCUCCAACAAUCGCCGAAUUCAGGCAAGCUACCGAAGCUUCUGACCGGGUAGCAGCUCGUGUCCUGGGUAGGGACCGAGCUUCGCCAAUUUGAGAACAAACGAUAGGAAUGGUCACAUUACAGUUCAAGGCAGUGUAUGGGAUAAUUGGAAUCAGAAAUGGAGGAAUCAGGGCUACAAAAUGGCAUGGGUCAGGAAGUUGGUUUUGCGUGG